AUGCAUCUCACCCCAUUCCUCCUCACCCUCACCUCCCUCCUCACCCCCGCCGCCACCCAACAAUACCAACAACAACACCAACAACAACCACCAUCAACCAACGACGCCUCCACAACACAAGCAACUCUCAACAAACUAACCCUCCGCAUCCCCUCCUCCCCGCCCCAUCUCCCCAACCCACACCUCCUCCCUGCCUCGACACGCGCCACCCUCACCACCCUCGGCCACACCACCCUCUCUGCGCCGCUGUCCGACACCAAUACUUUUGUCUUCCGCAACGUUAGCGGCGGGUCGUAUUUGUUGGAUGUGCAUAGCGCGGGGUUUGUGUUUGUCCCGUUGAGGGUUGAUGUGACGGAUCGGAAGAAUACGAAUGCUGUAGGAGGUGGUGGUGAGGCGGGGAAGGGAAAGGGGGGAGCUGUGGGCGGGAGCAGCAGCGGGUUGGGGGUGAGGGCUUGGGAGACGUUUCGGGGGAAUGAUUGGGCGAAUGUUGGGGAGAGGGUUGGGGUUGUGGAGGGGGGGGAUGGAGAGGGGAGUGUGUUGUUGGAUGUGAGGGUUGUGGGGGGGAAGGGGUAUUUUAUGGAGAGGA